AUGCUUCAGGUGAAUGUUCGUGUACGUAAGGAAUGGGUGGUGGUCCCAUGCCCUGAUCAAUCUCACAGCAUCCGCUGGUUGGGUGUGGAGGCUCUGCGGCUCUACGCUAAGGCACACCCCAAUGACGAUAUAACUGGCGAGGAAAGCUUCAUGAUCCAGAGGCACCUGAAUGGAAUAACACUAGAUUUGGAUGACACCCUAAGCAGUGUUCUUUUUGCAGAUGACAAAAAAAAUUUUGAACUGAUACCUCUAAGACUUGAUAGAAUGCUCCAGCAAAAACAACAAGAGAAGUAUAUCUCUUUAGAUGGUAAAAGCCUCACAACUGCUGACCUGAUGCGUUUAGGAGACGGUGUUUAUAAAAUUAAGCUAAGUGCUGAUGCAGAGAUACGUGUGACCGGAGCCAGAGAGCUCAUCAAGAAGAUCAUAUCUGAAGCUAAAGUUGUUUAUGGAGUUAACACAGGAUUUGGUAAAUUUGCACAGACUGUCGUGGGGAAAGAUCAACUGAAGGAGCUGCAGGAGAAUCUGAUCCGCUCACAUAGUGCUGGAGUCGGAGCCCCACUGAAUCCGGAGAGGACCCGGAGGCUUCUUGCUCUCAGAAUUAAUGUCUUAGCUAAAGGUCAUAGCGGGGUGUCCUUGAAGAAUCUUCAGAAAAUGGUUUCAGCCUUUAACGCCUCCUGUCUCUCCUGGGUUCCUGAACAAGGGACAGUAGGAGCGAGUGGAGACCUGGCCCCUCUAGCUCACCUGGCUCUGGGGCUGAUAGGAGAAGGACGCAUGUGGUCACCACAGACUGGUUGGACUGACUCCAUAACAGUGCUAACUGAACACGGUUUGACUCCAAUAUCACUGAAACCCAAAGAGGGACUUGCUCUGAUUAACGGGACUCAGUUGAUAGCCUCACUGGGUGCUGAGGCAUUAGAGAGAGCAGCAGCGAUCACCCAGCAGGCUGAUGUCAUCGCUGCUCUCACUUUAGAGACACUAAAGGGGACCAAUAAAGCUUUCAACAUUGAAAUCCAUGCUGUGCGGCCUCAUCCAGGGCAGAUUCUAGUCGCUCAACGAUUUCGCUCGCUGGUUCAUUCUGACUUCUUUCCCUCAGAAAUCACAGAUGAAAAUUUGUACGAUAGAGUUCAGGAUGCCUACACACUUCGAUGUUGCCCUCAGGUUCAUGGAGUAGUCAAUGACACAAUUGCAUUUGUGAAGAACAUUCUCAACACUGAAUUGAACAGUGCUACUGAUAAUCCUUUGGUGUUUCCGGAACGAGGAUUUACUAUUUCAGGAGGAAACUUCCAUGGUGAAUAUCCUGCUAAGGCUUUGGACUUCCUGUCUAUAGGAGUGCACGAGCUGGCAAGUAUUAGUGAGCGGCGUAUCGAGAGGUUGUGUAACCCCUCACUCAGUAAUCUGCCUGCCUUCCUUGUGAAAGAAGGAGGAUUAAAUUCAGGCUUUAUGGUGGCUCAUUGCACUGCUGCUGCUCUGGUGUCUGAAAAUAAGGUGCUGUGCCACCCGGCCUCUGUGGACUCUUUGUCCACCAGUGCAGCUACAGAGGACCAUGUGUCUAUGGGGGGCUGGGCAGCCAGGAAGGCCCUGAAGGUGGUCGAACAUGUGGAGCAGGUCCUUGCCAUAGAAUUACUCGCUGCCUGCCAGGCUCUGGAGUUUCACCGGCCAUUAAAGACCACAGCACCUCUGGAAAAGGUGUACGAGUUGGUGCGCUCUGUAGUCAGAUCCUGGGACAAAGACCGUGUCAUGAGCUGUGAUAUCGUAGCUGCUCACCAACUCCUCCGAGAGGAAAAGGUGUGGAAGGCAGUGCUACCAUACAUGGACCAGUACAAGGAGAAUGAACAUCAUCUUUCAUCUGUUAGUUGAACUGGACAUUUUUUCACUCUCUGUUUCAGUGCACAUUCUCAUUUUAAA